AACCGGACAGAGGGAAACACCAGCGGACCUGCGUUUUUCAUUUCUAAAACUUGUUGUAUUGUUCUUUUGUUUUCUUCGCUGCUUGUUUUACAUGUCUCCAUUUCGUUUCUAAAGCGAAUAAAACGAACUUUCUUCUCUCUCUGUUCCAAUUUCUGCUACAUCAUCCGCCCCAAAGUUUCUCAAAAUUCGAUUUCGAUCCCAUAACCGUUACAUCUUUUGCAGGCAGACCCUCUCCUUUUCUCUUCAGAUAGGAACAGGGUUCUGCUUUGCAGAUCAGAUCCAAAUUCUACGAUCUGUCUUACACAUGCACUAAGAGAACCCUCAUUUUUGGUUUUUAAGAAGAAGCCAAAAGAAAAAAAAAAAGAUGGGUAUAUUGUUUACUAAAAUGUUCUCUUCCCUCUUUGGCAACAAAGAGGCCCGGAUCCUGGUUCUUGGCCUUGAUAAUGCUGGAAAAACUACAAUUCUUUAUCGGCUUCAGAUGGGUGAAGUUGUAUCCACGAUUCCAACAAUUGGGUUUAAUGUGGAGACAGUGCAGUACAAUAAUAUCAAAUUUCAAGUAUGGGAUCUUGGUGGGCAAACAAGUAUCAGACCAUAUUGGAGAUGUUAUUUUCCUAACACUCAAGCCAUAAUUUAUGUUGUUGACUCGAGUGACACCGACAGGCUGGUGAUUGCCAAAGAUGAGUUUCACGCAAUCCUGGAGGAGGAAGAGUUAAGAGGCGCUGUUGUUCUUCUCUUUGCAAACAAGCAGGAUCUUCCUGGAGCACUUGACGACGCAGCAAUUACAGAGGCUUUGGAAUUACACAAGAUUAAGAAUCGACAAUGGGCAAUUUUUAAAACUUCUGCCGUUAAAGGAGAAGGUCUCUUUGAGGGCCUGGACUGGUUAAGUAAUACGCUCAAAUCGGGAGGAGCCUAAACCUUUAGGAGAAUAAUUGAAAGGUUACCAUUGUGCGCCUGAGGCAAAGUUACAGAGGGUGAGAAGUUGGCAUGGCUGGUAAUACAAAUUCUAUUCAUGUUUGCGGUUAUUUGGCGUUUGAUGUUGCUGAUUUUUCUCACCAAUAUAGUUGUAAAAUUUUCCUUUAAGUUGUGGUCAAUCAGUUCAUUUUUUUUUUCCCCAAGGAUACUUUAUAUAUUCUUUUUCUGGCAUCUAUUCACUUUGUGUAGCUCUUUCAAUUUUGUUUUCCUUCCUCUGUGUACUGUAUUUGAAGGAUAAUAAUGAUGGCUUUUUAUGAAAGAAACCAACAUAGAUCCAAGUCUAUUUGUCCAUUGAUAA